AAUCCUGAAUGGCCGGUAAGUAGAAAAAUCAUCACUCCCAAGAUAUUCACUCUCACGUCUGUUUAUAAGUACUCAUGUUACGUUUCAUAGGUCGAGUGUCACCACCUCUUCUCAAUGUCACACACUUCACCAACGCCUGGGUAGUGCAGCAACACCAGUUUACCUUCACUUGUGGCGUUAAUCAGUCACAGAGGACCAGGUAACCACAAGGGGCGAGGUGGUGCUUGUGGCGACGCACUCAAACUUGUCUUACUUCAUUCCUGAGAGAGUCAGUCACAUUAGUCCCCGUGCAGGUCAUUUGCAGUGUCUCAGUUCACAAUGUCGAAGCCAAAAGUGUUGGUGACGAGGGCAGACAUCCCUCAGAAGGCCUUCACCAUGCUGGAGGAAAAGUGCGAGGUGGAUGUGUGGAAGAUGCCAUCACCUAUCCCCCGUGAUGAGCUACUUAAGAGGAUCCCAGGGAAGGAUGCCCUGUACUGCUUACUGACGGAGAAAAUUGACAAGGAGGUGUUGGAUGCUGCAGGACCAAGCUUGAAGGUGAUCGGCACCAUGUCUGUUGGAUAUGACCACCUCAGCAUGGAUGAGAUCAAGAAGCGCAACAUUAUGGUUGGCUUCACCCCUGGAGUGCUCACUGAUGCCACUGCAGAGCUGACUGUCACGCUGCUGCUGGCCACCACAAGGCGCUUGUUUGAGGCACACAGUGAAUUGCUCAAUGGAGGAUGGGCCAAGUGUGCCUGGUCUCCGCUAUGGAUGACUGGCCAGGGCCUCAAGGGGUCAACUGUGGGAAUAUUUGGCAUGGGCCGGAUAGGCCAGGGUGUGGUGCAGCGCCUGCAGGGCUUCAGUGUCCAUAAGUUUAUAUACUCAGGUCGCAGUCCCAAGAAGGAAGGGGAGGAACUUGGGGCUGAGUUUGUCUCCUUUGAUGAGUUGCUGCAGCAGUCAGACUUCCUGCUGGUGACGUGUGCCCUCAACAAGGAGACGCAGGGAAUAUUUGAUGAAGCAGCUUUUGCCAAAAUGAAGAACACUGCUGUUAUUGUCAACACUUCCCGAGGAGGUGUGAUCAACCAAGAGGCACUGGUCAAGGCACUGAAGACCAACCAGAUCCGGGCAGCAGGUUUGGAUGUUAUGACCCCAGAGCCUCUGCCACCUGACCAUGAGCUCACCACCCUCCCCAACUGCACACUGAUACCACACAUUGGGAGUGCAGAGACAUCAACAAGGGAGGACAUGGCAACCCUCACUGCAACUAAUAUUAUUGCUGGCCUUGAGGGAAAACCUUUGCCUGCCCGUCUCUGCUGACCAUGCACCACUCUAGGUCUUUGAGGGGUUUUUAAGAGGACUUUAUCCCGGUGACACAUUUAGGUGAUUAUGAUGAUGAGAACACACACUGCUGUGGCUUGUGGAUUUCUUAUACUCAUUAUUGUAGUAGAUUCUUCGUAUAUCCAUAAUCUGUUACCUUAAUAAAAUAGUAAGAAUUUUGAUAAGAUAACAUUUCAAUAUAAAACAGGGAAUGUAGGGACCAGUCAGUGGAUAAAAGCAUUGGUCAUUGACAGCUUGUUCAUUGUCCUUGAAUGGUAAACUUAUAGCAUCAGAGUCCAUGACACUGACCACAACUGUCAAAUCUCCUGCUGGCUCUAGAUAUAAGUGUUUAUGAUCUGAAACAUUAUUUACCACAGAGUAGGUUACAAUAACAUCUGAACAAUAUAGAAACUAUACCAAGGCAAGUGCAUGUUGUUAGAGAGGGUCAUAAUAGUCAAUACAGGCAAUACAGAAAUAUUCUUUAUUGGUAAAAAUGCCAGCAAAAUUUAUUUACUUCUAUAUUACUAAGAGUGCUGUGUCUAUCUGCCAUUAAAGAGGCACCACUAGAAAGAUAAUUUUCCUAACAAAUGUUUUCAUUAAGUUGCUUGAAGAAGUGAGCAUAUUUAAUCUCCUGUUGCUGUGGAUGGAAGAAUAAAUGUAGGGAUGGAGUCUUGAAGGAAUAAAGCGGGAAUGGUGAGAAAUUAAUGGGGUUUUUGUCAUAAGUCACUUGGAAUAAUCAUAAAGAGGAUUAAUUGGUUGUAUAACCCUAAAGUUAUACAUGAAAGGAAAUUGUUCAUAAAGUAUCAUGUUUUUGUAAUGUAUUUUUAAUUAUGUUAAGUAAUUAUCAGUAAUUAUAUAUUAUGCUAAUUACACUUGUUAUACUAAUUAAAAGUAACUGCAUCAAUAUUCUAUCAGUAAAUGAUGUAUAUAUUA